AUGAGUUACCAGGGCCCUCCGAGAACCGAGGGACAGCAGCGAAUGAUGCUGAUGCUUCCGCCACAGUUUGCUAAUCUCACUCCAGCGCAAUUAGAACAGUUGAAAAAUCAACCACAUUUUCAGUCAAUGAUGAGAAAUUAUCUCCAGCGACAACAGCAGGUACAACGUCAACAGGUGCCACCGCCCCACCAGGCUCAACAAGCCCAGCAAAUACCACAACAAGUGUUAGGUGGAGCCCGUCAAGCAGGUCAGAUACCUCCACAAAAUUUCAAUAUGGGUCAAAACACGGCUCUUGGCCAACCAGUUGGACCAGCUGGAAUGGGUGGUCCAAGCUUCUCUAACAUUAAUGCUCGUAAUACUCUCCAUCAAAGGCGACAAGCGAGUCAGGGGGCUCCGGGACAAGUCACGAUGAGUGCUCUUCCUAUGCAAUAUAGCAUCGUUGCUCCAGGUUAUAAGAUACCCUCCGAGGUGUUGAAGAAGGUUUCUUUUCCACAACUCGAGUCAUUGCACAAAUGGUCAGAAAAGUUGAAAGAGGAGGGCAAAGAGGUGCCGUACGACUUGAAGUUGUACGAACAUUUGAUCACAAAAGAUGCAGAAUACUUGAAGCGGUUUGCUGUCCAACGAGAAAGUUCCAAAGAAGAGAUUGAAACUCUCCUUCGAGAUAUCAAAUCAUACAAUGAAAUCAAACAGCUCCGCAUGAAUUCGAUCGCUCUUUCUGCGAAAAACCAACUAAACAACAGUAUCUGGGGCGAAGGGUAUCAGGGUUACGGAAAUGGAAUGACUAACAGCAGCACCAAAUUGGUGUAUCCUCAACAGAACAGGAAGUACCCGUCGAGCCUCGAGGUGGCGUAUACUGAUCGUCAAGUAAAUGAGCUUGUAGCUCGCAAAUUGGCACAGAAUCCACGACAGUCGUUGGUGCCUAUUAGGCUUGAAUUUGAGAGCGAGAGAGACAAAUUCAAAUUGAGAGACACUUUCUUAUGGGAUAUGGACGAACCAAUUGUACGGUUGGAAUCAUUUAUACAACAACUUUUGGAGGAUUAUCGAUUUAUUCCUCAGACCCAUUACUCCGCUAUACUUGCGUCUGCAAAGGAACAAAUCACCGAUUUUCGACGUGUACCCGACGAAAUGGUCGGUGAGCUUCGUGUGCCUAUCAGGAUAGAUAUCACCAUCAACAACACCCAAUUGAUAGACCAAUUUGAAUGGGAUAUUCUUAACUAUAACGACAAUGAUCCUGAAGACUUUGCACGCACGAUGUGCGAGGAAAUGGAGCUUCCAGGCGAAUUUGGCACCUGCAUCAGCCAUAGUAUCAGAGAGCAAGCUCAGUUGUUUCAUCGUGCACUUCUCUUUGUUGGCUACAGUUUUGAUGGUUCUCCAAUUAACGAAGACGAGAUUAGAGGGCAUCAGUUACCUUCGCUAAAGAUAGACUCAAACGGCGAGGACUUCUAUCUGAUCUUGCGUAAUCCCAACGCUGUGGCUGAUUACUCGCCGGCAUUGCUCAAGCUUACGCAAUUAGAGAUAGAGAGGCUCGAUAAGGAGAUCGAACGUGAAGCUAGACGGAAAAGACGUCACAAUUUAACCGAAGAAAGCGGAACAGGACGUGGAUCUUCGAGGAGAGGAGCCUUGACGACCGCCAGAGGUGGACCAUCUCUCCCAGAUCUUUCGGAUAUGCCAAAAACUUUCCGCACCCCAGCACCUCUGAGUAUCUUGCCCGGAGCAGUCGAUCUCGGAGUACCGGAUAUCUACACCUAUAAUGAAGUCUACGGGAUGAAAACACAAAUACGAAACCCAGUUCCGUCGUCUGAACCGCGAGUGAAAUAUAGCCAUAAUGGGGGCCGUUUCAUCGUUACUAUCAAAGUACCAUGA